GGACCUACCUCACAAUGCACUCGCGAAUCCGGAUCGAUUUCUUUUUCGAUGUCAUCUCACCCUACAGUUGGAUUGGAUUCGAGGGAUUGAUGAGAUAUCGACAGAUUUGGCCCAUCGAUGUCCGUCUUCGUCCAUUCUACCUCGCUGGUGUUAUAAAGGCAACAAAAAAUCCUGGAGCGCCGCUGAUGUUGACUCAAAAGCAGGCCUACAUGGCCACGGAUAUCAGAAGGAACGGAGAGUACUGGGAUAUUCCUAUAUCCCUGCCGC